GUUUAAAGUAGUUUUCUGACCAACUUUUUUCCAGCUUUGAUGUAGAGGCUAAUUUCUAGGAGAAAGUAGUAUUGUAGCAGUAAUGAAGUAUUGUCUUCUCAGCAAAGCUCUGUUGUUGUAGAUCAUUAAAUCGUGAUGUUGUCUCAGAAGUCUGUCUGAAGUCUCUUUCGGAGGAACCGUGAACAAACGCUGUCUGUAAAGUCAUUGUCUGAUAAAGGAGCGAGUCAUAAAGCUUUCGGACGAGUCUGAGGAGAGAAAUUCAUGUUCAGUGAAGCUCCUCACAACAAUCACACAUUCAGCAGUAAAUGCUGGAAUAUUCCCAUCAGUUUACAAGUGAAGACGAGCAUCAGAGCAUCAGGAAGAGCUGAGUUUAUUAAAGAGGACAGAGAGAAGAUGAGAGAUCCAGAACCCUGCAGAAUCAAACACACUGAAGAUACUGAACAACAAACAGAGUUAAUUGAAGAAAAGGAAGAGAAUAAAGAAUUGAGUGAAGCUGAAGGAAUAAAUCACUUCAGAACUGGAAAAAAACCUUUGAGUUGCUCUCAAACUCAGAAAGAUUUAAAGAGAAGAAGAGCCAAGAAAUCUUUCACCUGCACUCAGUGUGGAAAGAGACUGACAAGCAAACAGAGUCUUGAGCUUCACAUAAGAGUUCAUACUGGAGAGAAACCUUACAAGUGUUCACACUGUGACAAGAGAUUCAAUCAGUCAGGACACCUGAAAACACAUGAGAGGAUCCACACUGGAGAGAAACCGUACACAUGUGAUCAAUGCGGGAAGAGUUUCACACGAAAAGGACAACUUACGGACCACAUGAGAGUUCAUACGGGAGAGAAACCAUUCACUUGUGAUCAGUGCGGGAAGAGUUUCACACUAUCAUCAAACCUUAAGAUACACAUGAACAUCCACACUAGAGAGAAACUGUACACAUGUGAUCAAUGCGGGAAAACAUUUUUGUGGGCUUCAUACUUGAAGAAACACCUGAGAGUUCAUACAAAGGAGAAGCCAUAUUCAUGUCAUUUGUGUGGAAAGAGUUUUUCACUUCUACAACAUUUAAAAGUACAUCAGAAAAUACACACUGGUGUGAGAGAGUACAUGUGCUUUGAGUGUGAGAAGACUUUUACUUCAGCAACCCGUUUAAAACGGCAUAAGAGGAUUCACACUGGAGAGAAACCUUACAAGUGUUCACACUGUGACAAGAGAUUCAAUCAGUCAGGAGCUCUGAAAACACAUGAGAUGAUUCACGCUGGAGAGAAACCGUACACAUGUGAUCAGUGCGGGAAGAGUUUCACACAAAAAGGACAACUUACGGCACAUAUGAGAGUUCAUACAGGAGAGAAACCAUUCACUUGUGAUCAGUGCGGGAAGAGUUUCUCACGAUCAGCAAACCUUAAGAUACACAUGAACAUCCACACUAGAGAGAAACUGUACACAUGUGAUCAAUGCGGGAAAACAUUUUUGUGGGCUUCAUACUUGAAGAAACACCUGAGAGUUCAUACAAAGGAGAAGCCACAUUCAUGUAAUUUGUGUGGAAAGAGUUUUUCACUUCUACAACAUUUAAAAGUACAUCAGAAAAUACACACUGGUGUGAGAGAUUACAUGUGCUUUGAGUGUGAGAAGACUUUUACUACAGCGAGCCGUUUAAAACAGCAUGAGAUGAUUCACACUGGAGAGAAACCUUACAAGUGUUCACACUGUGACAAGAGAUUCAGUGUGUCAUCAAAUCUGAAAACACAUGAGAGGAUUCACACUGGAUAG